AUGGAUUCUCAAAUCACUUCGCUAUUCGAUUUCAGGCUACCCGACUACCCCGAUGCUGCACUACGCCUCAAUGGAUCCCUUCUUUGUGUUAUCGACCCUUCUACUCUCACGCCAGAAGCUUCCAAAAUCAUAACUCCAGCAAUCGGUCUAGCGACAGUUCUCUACAGAUGGCACCCAAGCGCUUUGGCAGCUUUCUUAGAUCUGGAUGCCUGGUUUUCCCUGACAUGGACGCUGAGCAUUGCAGAAGGCACACCAGACGGCUCAAAAAUUGAAAUCGGUCGCAUAGGCAACCAAAUCACUUUCGGCAGUCUGGAUAGCAGCGGGGAUAACUGGACAUUAAUGCUUACCUACAAUAUCGUUUUAGAGGGCGAAAACAGAGGAAAGUGGAUACCAAAUCCCAAAGAGAGCAUGCUAGGUGAAAAAGACGUUACGGAUCCUGACGAGAUUGAGAAGCUAGGCUGUGAGUUUGCGGAAAAGAUAAUAAGGGAAAAGAGAUGGGAGACGGGGAAGAAGAUGAAACAUAGGUUCUUUGUCGAGUAUGCGCCCAUGGAUGUUUGGGGUGAUGGAAUACCGAUGAGCCCGCAUUGGCUUUAUUCGUCUCUUGAUCUCUCGAGUUGUACGGCUUGCAAGAAGACGGAUGUUUCGCUACAGAGAUGUGGAAGAUGCGGUACGUCGACUUACUGCUCGGAUGUCUGCCAGAAAGGGGAUUGGGCUGUGCAUAAAGAUGUCUGCACUAUGAGUAUGGAAGACAGGGGACAGGCAAUCAAGUUGUCAGAGAAGGGUGGACUGAUCAAGUGGGACGUGGAGAAGACUUACGCGAAAGAGGAGGGUGAGAUGAGCGCGAAUCCGAACUUUGAAAUCCCACAAGUGAAGCGUAGGAAAGCCGACUGA